AUGUUAAAAUUUGCCGUUUUUACCAUUUUAGCACUUGCAACAGCUACUGCUGAGCAAGUCAGUGGAAUUUUUACUUCAUUUGACUCUUUGGAAUGGGAAAAAGCUGCUAAUUAUGGCUAUGCAAGUCCAGCUUACCCAAGUUGGAUAGCUACUUUAUCUUGGGCAAUCAAAGGGUCCAAGGUCCUGGCUGGUGAUACAUUCACCUUGACUUUACCAUGUGUUUUCAAGUUUACUACUACCCAAACUUCUGUCAAUUUAAAUGUAGGACUGACUAACUAUGCUACUUGUACCUUUAAUCCUGGAGAUAUUGUUGUUGCUUUUUCAAAGUUAGAUUGUGUCAUGUUGGACACUGUUACCUCACUGCUUGAUGCUCACGGGUCUAUCAAUUUCCCAGUUGCUUUUAACGUCGGAGGUUCGGCAUUGAGUACUGACUUAGAGGACUCUACUUGCUUUGCUGAUGGCGAAAACACUGUUUCAUUUUUUGAUGGUGACAAUAAACUUUCCACUCAGGCUAUAUUCUCAGGAGGUUCAACUGACGAUCCUGAAAAGAUUGUCUAUGGAAAUAGAGUGGUUCCUUCCUUGAAUAAGCAGCAACAUUUCCUUUUAGGCGGAAACUGUCCUAAAGGGUACAGCUCUGGUUCUAUUGGUUUGGAAAUUAAGAAUCUGGGACCUAAAUUUGAUUGUGAUUCCAUUCACAUGAAGAUUACCAAUUCUUUAAAUGCUUGGUUUUUACCUGAAAAUGCAGAUGAUGAUUUUGAUUUCACAUAUACCUGUACUAGUACUUCUUUUGUUGUCGAUUAUAAAAAUAUUCCUGCCGGUUAUAGACCAUUCAUUGAUACACUUGUUGACAUAGCUAAUGGACAAAGUAUUACCCUCAAUUAUAUUAAUAAUUACAUAUGUGAUGGUAGCAAAACCACCACAAACAAUGGAAAAAUUAUUGCUUGGGCUGCUUACGAAAAUAACGUUGCUGGUGGGAAUGGUGAAGAGGUGAAAGUUGUCACAAGUACGUAUACUGGACUGACUACAGAAGUUUCUACCAUGCCAUUUGAGACUUCCAAAGAUAAAACAAUCACAAUUGUUGUUAAUGUACCAGUCCCAACUGUUACUACUACCACUACUUAUGUUGGAAUUUCUACAUCUUAUACUACUGAAUCUGCUUUACCUGGUUCAACUGCAAGUGUCAUAGAGUAUGAACCAAUUCAUACUACAACUACUAUAACCACAUGUUGGAACCAACAAUCAACUUUUACCAGUAUUUAUUCAACAGAUACCUGGCCUACGGAUACUGAGCUUGUCAUUGAACCUUGUGAAAGUUCUAGUGAAAGAACUUCCUCCACCGAUUCCAUUAAACCUUCAAAAACUCACACUUCUUGUACUGAUAAGACCAAGCCAUCCAAGCCUCAUCAAACAACUUCGUGUACCGAUAAGACCAAGCCAUCCAAGCCUCAU